UUCACACACUCCCUAUUGUCUUAUAUGUUUACACAUACUCAUACAUGUAUAGGUAUAUAAUUUAUGAUGUUGCAUAUAUAUUCACAUAUAUGCACACAAAUUAGGUUUGAGAGUGAUGCUGGUUGUUGACAGAAGAUAGAGAGCACUAAGGAUGACAUGCAAGUACAUAUGUAUGUAUCAUCACACCGCCUGUGGAUGAUUACAAAAAUAAAACCAAUUCAAAAGAGAGAGAGAGAGAGCCUGCAUGUCUACUCUUUCGUGCUCUCUAUACUUCUGUCACCACCAUUAUUUCUUCUUCUUUCUUACCUAUACACACAUAUACAUUCACACUUAUGCAUCAAUACUUAAAUUACGUACAUAGGUUCAUGCAUCUCACAUAUACUAAUUAGGUGAUUUCUUUUUUUUUGUUAGUGAGCACUUACUUUCUUGUCAUUACUUAAGCCCAGUUAGAGAUUUGUUUUCCUUGUAAAUUUGAUCCAUCAUAUCGCGACAUAUGUCUCACUGGUGUAACUGCAGCAGUUGCGGGCAACCAAACUUUCUUGUAGUUUCUUUGGUUCCUUUGGCAGGGGUUGCAAGAAGUUUCAGUGACAAUCACAGUGACUCUGUUAAACAUGAUUUUCUCAACCAUUUAAAUGUCGAUCGAUCUCUGGAUUCAACCAACAUAAACCAAUACCCGAACAGCAGAAUAUGUAACCUAACCAAACCGACCAUGAAAAUUUACAAAGUUACAGUUAUAUAGUACCAAACAACCGGUUCGAAUGAUAUGAUGGGCCUCGAAGAUGGGCCGGAAAAUCAUGUGGUGGUUGGAGAUUUCGUGCGUAAUUUUAAUUACUAAAAAAAAAAAAAAGGUCAUCGAGGGAACCCUAAACUUCAACGGGAACUCAAAAUCAAGAUCCCCCAGAUUUGGAUUCUUCGAAAUGUCUUCUCCUCACCAACCCUAACUUCCUCACUUGAAUUGCUCCCAAUGUCAAGCGACCAGCAGGAGACUACGACGACGACGACGACGGUGGACGGUAGCGGAACUACGACGAUGAGAGCUACUACAGCUGCUACUACGACGACGACGACGUUUUCUUCCCAGAGACUGAGGAUAAACCCUAACAACGAGCAUAGGCCUGAGAGCUACGAGGAUCUGAAGCUCGAUUUCCCCAGUGCGGUCUACUCUAGUCUCGAGAAGUACUUGCCGCAGCAAAUCUUGGUCUCCACCAGGGAUGACAAAGUCAAAUUCAUGACUGACAUUAUGCUCAGGCACCUCCCCCACGGAGAACGGUCCAGAGCUCAGAGGCACAGCGUCUAUAGGCAGAAGAUAAUUACUAAUUAUCAGCCGCUUCACAAGGAGUUGUAUACUCUAGCUCCUAUGCAAUGCUUCGUCCCCUCUUUCAUUAAGGCGAUCAAUGAAAGCUCAGAGAAAAGCUUCAGAAGUAUUAUCUCUGAACCGUCUCCUGGUGUUUUUGUCUUUGACAUGCUCCAACCUAGCUUCUGUGAGAUGAUGCUAGCCGAGGUAGAAAAUUUUGAGAAGUGGGUGGGUGAGACAAAGUUCAGAAUCAUGAGGCCAAACACCAUGAAUAAAUACGGUGCUGUGCUUGACGACUUUGGGUUGGAUAGCAUGCUUGACAAACUCAUGGAGUCUUUUAUACGUCCCAUGACUAAAGUAUUCUUCAGUGAUGUAGGUGGAGCAACUCUGGACUCUCACCAUGGGUUUGUAGUUGAAUAUGGGAAAGAUAGGGAUCUUGAUUUAGGCUUUCAUGUGGACGAUUCAGAAGUAACACUGAAUGUUUGUUUGGGUAACCAGUUUGUUGGUGGGGAGUUGUUUUUCCGUGGGACUCGGUGUGAGAGACAUGUUAACACAACAACAAAGCCAGAUCAGGAAAUAUAUGAUUAUAGUCAUGUACCGGGGCAAGCUGUACUUCACCGUGGGCGCCACCGCCAUGGUGCCAGGGCCACAACAUCUGGACAUCGAGUCAAUAUGCUUCUAUGGUGCAGAAGCUCUGUGUUUAGAGAGCUCAAAAGUCAUCAGAAGGAAUUUUCCAGCUGGUGCGGAGAGUGCUUUUGUGAAAAGAAAGAGGAGAAAGGAAGGGCUCUUGAUGCUCUGAGAAAGAAAUUGGUUAAAGCAGUGAGUGCACCCCAAGCCUGAAGAAACUUGUAUUUGGAUGACUCUUAAAGAAUUUGCUUCUGUUUUAAGGUGACUUAAAACUGAGCUUGUGUAGAAAACCAUUUGAGAUGAACGGUUCGUUGUUUAACUUUUUGUAAUGUACAUGAAAUUUAGUCUCAGCUUUAUCUAUACCACAAGAGGAGUUGUAUUGUUGUUAUCUGAUAUUGUUGCGAGUGUUUAAGGAAGAAUCAGUGUUGUCUAA